AUGCUGUACAAAAAUUUGCUCGCCGUCUCGUCGCUUCUGUCGCUGGCGACUGCUGCUCCCAAAGGCUUUCUUUCCAAGCGCAUUGAGCAGGACGAAAUCACUUGGGGUCCUUUGAUUGGACUUGGUCCCACUGCGGACGGUAUCGAGAUUACAGGCGUCGUCGCUACAAUCUAUCCGGGUAACAUGCCCAAGACGCAAGCUGGUGGCCUCUACAACUGGAUUGGGAUCAACAACGAAACCGAGUCGGGCGAUCUUGUCCAAGGCAUUGUCGGCUCAUAUAGCCGUGGCGAGAGCGAAUGCAAAGGCGCGAACGCGGACUCGUUAUGGUGUAUUUCAGCAGAGGUUUACGGAUGGGACACCAAACUGGACAAGUGGAACCAAUACGUCGGCGAGGAGCGCAUGCUAGCCGCCACCCCCGAGGACGGAAUCACUUUCAACUACACCCUGAUCAACCAGCAAACCGGACUAUGGUACCAAACCGCUCGCAACGCACGUACUGGCGCGCUGUACGCCGAGUACCAGAAGACGUCACCCACAAUGACAAUGGUCAACACUGCAGUAGAGUGUCAGUCAUGUACACCUCCGACCGAUAUCCAAUACUGGAAAAACAUCACCAUCAAGCUUUCAGGAGCCGACAAGAACUUUGGCAGCACCCUCUACCAGUCCAACAAUGCCACCAACACAAACCCUUUCACAAACGACAAUGGCAAGAUCUGGAAGAUUCAGAAUGUUACCAUUCCUGUUGUUCCACCGGUAGCUGAUGUUGUCGCAUGA